GUCUUGAGCCACGGGGGCGGCCCGCCACGCCAGCCAGCGCAGGGCGGAGGAGAAGACCAGACGGGCUGCGGGGCUGCUGUAGUCGGGACCGGGGUGCCCUAGCGCGCCGCUCGUCGCUCUCCCCACGGCCGGCUACGAGACAGCUGUCCCCGCACGGAAGGUCGCUGGCCAAGAGAGCUUGGACCCACGGCCGCCAUGACUGGCAGUAAUAUGUCAGAUGCCCUUGCAAAUGCUGUGUGUGAACGCUGUCGAGCCCGUUUUGAUCCUACUGAACGAAUUGUAAACAGCAAUGGAGAACUGUAUCACGAAAACUGCUUUGUCUGUGCUCAAUGCUUUCGUCAGUUUCCAGAUGGCCUCUUCUAUGAUUUUGAAGGGAGAAAAUAUUGUGAGCAUGACUUCCAGAUGCUAUUUGCACCAUGCUGUGGGGAAUGUGGUGAGUUCAUCAUUGGCCGAGUCAUCAAAGCAAUGAACAAUAAUUGGCACCCCGAAUGCUUUCGUUGUGAACUCUGUGAUGUAGUUCUUGCUGAUUUGGGCUUUGUGAAGAAUGCUGGCAGACACCUCUGUCGGCCUUGCCAUAAUCGUGAGAAAGCCAAAGGCCUGGGGAAAUAUAUUUGCCAGAAAUGUCACUUGAUAAUUGAUGAACAGCCUCUUAUGUUUAGGAAUGACUCCUAUCAUCCGGAUCAUUUCAGCUGCACCCACUGUGGGAAGGAAUUGACCGCUGAUGCCAGGGAGCUGAAAGGAGAGCUCUACUGCCUGCCAUGCCAUGACAAGAUGGGCAUUCCAAUCUGUGGGGCUUGUCGCCGGCCUAUUGAGGGUCGAGUGGUCAAUGCUCUAGGGAAACAAUGGCACGUUGAGCACUUCGUUUGUGCCAAAUGUGAGAAGCCAUUCCUGGGACACCGGCAUUAUGAGAAAAAGGGUCUGGCUUACUGUGAGACACAUUACAAUCAGCUCUUUGGAGACGUCUGCUACAACUGCAGCCAUGUGAUUGAGGGGGAUGUGGUAUCUGCUCUCAACAAAGCUUGGUGUGUAAACUGCUUCUCCUGUUCUACCUGCAACAUCAAGCUCACACUGAAGAAUAAGUUUGUGGAAUUUGACAUGAAGCCAGUGUGCAAGAAAUGCUAUGAGAAGUUCCCUUUGGAGCUGAAAAAAAGGCUGAAGAAGUUGUCUGAGCUGUCCUCCAAGAAAACACAUCCCAAAGCUCUGGAUCUGAAUUCUGCUUAAACAGAUCUCUGCUUCCUCAUGGCUGCCCUCUUCUUCCCCAGUGGUAAUCUGCUCAGUUACAGAUCACUCAAGAAUGGUUAAAGGACCCAAGACACACAGAACCUCACCAGUUACACCUUGCAAUCUGAAUGUUUUGUGCUCAGGUAUAGUGCACAGAAUCUGGCCUUUGGAAGAAAGCUGUGUGUAUACAUGAACAUGCACUAUUUUCCUUCUGUUGUAAUUGUAUUUUGUGAUUUUUCAUCUUUCUGUAUUGAGAGCCAGAUUUAUACUGUAUGUCAUGGUAUUUCGUGAAUUGUUAAAGUAAGGGGGAGGUAGGAGGUUUACCCUUUCUGAACAUUAUCUUGAAAUUGCAUGGGACUAAUGAGAAUUAAGUAGUGAUCUAGCAAUUUCAAUUAAGUCAUUAUAACAACAUGAUAAAUCUACACUGGUUUUAUUAGAUGGCUGCCCAUAUCACUGUAAUAGUGAAGCUGGAUGUGUUUAUUUUCUUAUGCCAACAACUAUUUCAGCUGCUGAAACAGCUACUUGUGCUUAAGCUAAACUUCCUUUCUACAUUUUCUCAAGCUGUAAACUAGAAACAGCAGAACAUAAGGUCUGAAUGGACCAAAGCAGCUGAGCUAGAAGCUUCUACUUUUUGAGAUACAAUGUUCCAGGCAAAUAUAGCUAGAAUGGGUAUUUGGUGGGGGCCGGGAGGUUUUUCUCAGAACGUUCAGCUGUUUCUUCCUGCUUAAUAAUGGCAUCAGUGACAAUUCUAACAGCAACAAGGUUUUAUGAACAUCAUUUGGUGUAAUCCAUAUGCUACAUCUUUACAAAUUCUCUUUAUUUCAUUGUGAUUCUGCUAAUGGCAUUCCAAAGACCUAUACUGUAUGUUGUUCUAGCAAAUACUUUGUCCCCAAAUAGUUUGGGUUUUCCAUUUUGAACCUAAAUAGUCUGUUCUCGUAACAUUGCACCAUAGUAUUUGUGUUCCUGUGUGGUCAGAACAUUUAAUGGAGCAGAAGUAAGAUGAAGAGCAAGAUGCUUAUUUGGUAAACCUUGCGGUUCAUAGUAUAAAUCAGGAAAACACUAAUUUCUCUUAAUAUACACCUUUACUAUAAUGAUUUAUCUCCGCCUGAUUAUAUUAUUGGCACUUCAUGUUUGUCAAAAUAAUAGCACAAGAGGGUUCGUUUUUUUAAAUCUGAAAUCAUACUUUAAGUAUAAAAGAAAAGAGGAAGAAAGUAUUUCCCAGGGACUGGCAUAAUGUUUAUACAUAGGGUAAGAGCAGCAAGCACAUUCUCACAGAAUGGAUCGCUUUCGUCGAGAGCUCCCUGCGUGAUCCAGUAAGGUGCUUGAGCUUAUGUGUCUGUGCAGUGCCAUAUCCGUUUAAGCGAAGUAAACAAAGCCUUAUGUUUAUGCGGCCUGCUCAGUCCAUUAAAAUGCUGGAACAACACUUGCAUUAGAAAAGUAUAUGAGCACUGGGGCUCCAGUUUUGCUAGAGCAGCAGAACUGACUGAUUACAUUGCUGAAGAACAAUGCACAAAUGCUAGUCAGAAGUACCUUGACGCUUAUAUAGCUAUUUAGCCGUACGUGAGAUAGGCAGUUAAUUGAAUAAAUGAAUAAAUAAAUUUAUUGCAGUGAUGUUAACUUCUGAGGUCAGGUUAGGUGGUCUCCCACUUCUUACUAAAAUAGCUUUUAAUCACUUUUUUUACAUAACAUAGGCCAGAAGACUGAAGGCUUUUCCCCCCUCAAUGGUGUUAUCGCAACCAGAAGCAAGUCAAAACACAAACCCCGCUGCACCACCCUACCCUGAAAAACAUGAAGUCUAACUAUACAGCCUGAUUCUUACAAAUUCUUACUCCUUUACAUACCCACAGAUAUAAAUGGGUGGGUGCCAUAAUGGGACAGAUUUCCAGUUCAUUGUGUCAUAUUGGGAAAUCAGGACCAGCAUUUCAAAAUAUGCUUUCUACAAUUCAUUUAAAAUGUAGGAAUAUUCAGUGAGAUGGCAGCUUUGAAGUGCAAUGUUACAUGAAUUAUAUAUGGAAUUAUUGUCAAAUAAUCAUUGUACUAAUUUCUGGGUUAUCUAAACAAGUGCCUUCUUCUGCAAUGUCCUUUUAGGGUGCAUAUUCUAAAUAUGGAAUCUGUUCCUUGAAACUUUUUAUCUCAUGUCCCACUCUAGUGGAAAUGACAUGACAUGGCUUUUCUAUGACUGCCUGAUGUGGUAAACAGCAAUCCUGAGCUAUAACACAGAACUGAGUUUUGUUAGCACUUUUCUGCCCUUAAAAUCUUUCCAUUUUUUGUCCAUAAGAGCAUUAGUGAAGGAAGUAAGCAUGCUUUUCUACAAUGACAUAACAAAGUAUUGGCAAGAUAUGCAUUAGAACACACAUUUGAAAUGAAUGUGGGAAUAUAUAUAGGAAUUAAAUGUAUAUUGCAGUAUGACUAGAGCUCAUUAGCAUCUAUAGAGUGUCCUUCAUUUGCCAUCAUUUAUCAUCAAACAAAUCAUAGUGACAUAAAGUUCACUACAUAAUUACUAACUGCAAUCAGUUGAUGAAGGAGAAAGAAGAAACGCUUUCACAGUUUGUAAGCUAUUUAAAAACUCUGAAAUAGAUCAGAGCAUUUGAUAUACUGUAUAUGAGAAGCGUGAGAAAUACCAUGGAACAGCUGAAAAUAGUAGCUUCUUCACUGAUCAUAAGCAUAUUUUUCACUCCAAAAACAUUCAAUAGUUGAUGCCACUGUUACCCAGCACAUGACAAAUAAAACUUGCUUUAAAUCCAAUCCAAAUAUGUCAAAAAUUAUAGACAAAAAGCAAACUAGGUUCAUAUUGAGUAUGCUAUUCUUUCUACAACAAUACCUUGAAUGUACAGUAGAUGCACCAUGCUUGCUUGCACUAUAUUGUUACAGUAAAUAUUUUUUACAUAUUUUAUGCACACUUCCUUUAUCUAAACUUAGGAUUCCUGAAGUUAGCAAAUAAUCCUGAAAUUAACUUUUAUUAACCACUGCAAUGUACCCAUUCGUUAUCAUGCAGUACUGUUGGCAUUGCUAAAUAUUUUGCAAGAGAUAAUCUUCAAUUGAAAGGAACUGCAGGCAUUAAAAUAUUAGAGCACAUUGUGACUAACAGCACCAUCUGAUACAUACAUUUUCAAGGUAACUCCCUCAACUAUUUAGACCACCCUUGACUAUUAGCAUGUAAACCACUUCAGUGUGUAAGGUUAGAUGGAAAGUUUUCAUGUUGUGCAAGAUUCUGAUUACCUUUCAGUGUGUGGAUGUAAAACUUUUUACAAAGUGGGCACACAUUUUAAAAUAUUUUUGCUCCGUAGUAAUUUCUCUAGCAAAAAGGUAAUUUCUGCUGGGUUAAAAUAUUGUAUUUACUAUCUAUAUUUGGAAUGAUAAACACGGUUAUGUAUCUUUUAAAUAUAACAUUAAAAGUUG